AUGGACGACAAAAGUGUCCGGUGCAUCAACGGAUAUCGAGUUGCCGACAAGAUCCUGCAACUGGUGCCAAACCAGGAAGCCUUUCGAGAAACUCUGCGCUUCGUCAAGUGCUGGGCCAAGAGGCGUGGAAUCUACUCAAAUGUGUUGGGCUUUUUUGGUGGCAUCACCUGGGCCUUGUUGGUGGCUCGCGUUUGUCAGCUAUACCCCAACUACUGCUUCAGCCAGCUUGUCAAUCGGUUCUUUCGCACCUACGACCAGUGGAACUGGUCCAAACCCGUGCUGCUCUGCGAGGUCGUGGAGAGUGUUCCCGGAAUCGUUGGCCUCAAGCCUUGGAAUCCGAAGACGAGCAUCGCAGACAAGCAGCACUUGAUGCCUGUCAUUACCCCCGCCUUCCCGGCGAUGAAUUCCACGCACAACGUGACGGACACCACCAAGCGAAUUCUCCUGGACGAGUUCCGACGAGGAUACGAGGUUGUGAAAAAGGUGGAGAACAACAAGGCUGAUUGGAAGGAAGUUCACAACCCCUUCCCCUUCUUCAGCAAUGACCCGUUCAAGUGA